AUGGCUGUGGAAAGCAUGACUGUCCAUCCAAACUCCCCAACAACAACCAACCACGAACACAUCAACAGCCUUCUCACUGACGAAAGGCAUGAGGAUGGAGAGCUGGAAGAGGGUGAGUUGGAGGAUGAUGGGGGUGAUGCAGAGGCGCCCAGCGGAGGAGGGGAAGCCCAGGAGAAGCCGCGUCGCAGCAAGGAGCGCCAUGCCAGUGGUUCAGAUGAUGAGAAGUCCCAUAGGCGCAAGCGGAAGAGGAGGAAGGAGAGGGAGAGGGAGAAGGAGAAGAGGAGGUCCAAGAAGAGGCGCAAAUCCAGACACAAACGACAUCCUUCCUCCAGUGAUGACCACUCUGACUUCAGUGAUGAGUCCGAUUACAGCCCAAGCGAGAAAAGGAAGUACAGGGAGUACAGCCCUCAGUACCCACCUCAGUCUCAUUCAGGUUACCCUCCUCCUGCUUCAUCUCAUGGCGGUCCCAUGUCCAAGAAAGGGGGAUAUAUGAAGAUGGACAAGCAGGGCUACGGGGGCUACGAUGAGUAUGAGGAGGAAACUUAUGAGGGUGAGGAAGAUGAGGACAUGGGAGAGGAAGAGUAUGAUGAUUUUGCAAAGGAGCUGAACCAGUACCGCAAAGCCAAAGAGGGCAGUGGGGGCAGUAGCAGAGGAGGGCGUGGUAACAGCCAUGGGGGCAGAGGAGGUAAAGGCCGCCUCAAGAACCAGCGCGGGCGUGGUCGAGGAGGAAUGAGGGGACGUGGUGGACGAGGACUUGGAGGCAGAGGCCGGGGAAGAGGCAAAAUGGGUGGGGAGAAUGACGAUGGAGAUGGAAUGAUGUAUGGAGAUGAAAUGGAGUAUGGAGAUGAUGACUAUGACAACAUGGGGGAUGAUGAUUAUGAUGAUUACUCCAAAGAACUGAAUCAGUAUAGGAAGUCAAAAGAUCGUGGUCGGGGUGGUAAAGGUGGGCGAGGUCGAGGCAGAGGUAAAGGUGGUCGAGGCAUGAGCAGGGGUCGAGGGCGGAACAGAGGCCGAGGCCGUGGAGAACAUGGCCAUGAUGAGGACAACAAUGGCGACAUGGAUAUGGGAGAUGGAGGGUGCAGUCAACGCAGGAAUGACCAAGACAAGCAUGGACAGGACAAGAAAGGCAAAGCAAUCUGCAAAUACUACAUUGAGGGACGCUGCACUUGGGGAGAACAUUGUAACUUCAGCCAUGACAUUGAACUCCCCAAGAAGAAAGAGCUCUGCAAGUUCUACAUCACAGGCUUUUGUGCACGAGCAGAGAAUUGUCCUUACAUGCAUGGUGAUUUCCCCUGCAAGCUGUUUCACACCACUGGAAAUUGUGUUAAUGGGGAUGAGUGCAUGUUCUCCCAUGAGGCACUAACCAAUGACACAAAGGACCUUCUUGACAAGAUGUUGGCAGAGGAUGCAGAAGCUGGAGCUGAAGAUGAGAAGGAGGUGGAAGAGCUUAAGAAGCAAGGUAUCAACCCCUUGCCCAAGCCUCCGCCAGGAGUGGGCUUGUUGCCAACUCCACCUCGCCAUGGCCCUGUUGACUCUAGUGCUCCAGUAGACUUUGGACCCCCAGGCCCUAUGCCUCCACCAGGACCUCCACCUGGCCCGGGAGCAGGUCCCUGCUCUGGUCCACCACCCCCCUGCCCAGAUGGAGGCCCCUAUCAAGGACCACCCAACCCAAAUGGACCUCCCCCACCUCCAAUGGGCCCACCGCCCCCCUGCCCUGGAAACAGUGGAAAGAAAAUUCCAUCGCUCUUUGAAAUUGUAGUGCAGCCCACUGGACAGCUGGCUCAGAAACUCGGUGUCAGAGGUACAGUCCCUGGUGCUCCUCCAGGACCUCCUGGUCCACAUGGGCCCUCAGGACCCCCGGGAGGCCCCCCUCCUCGCUUCCCUGGCCCACCUCCAGGACACAUGGGACCUGCCCCACCUGGCAUGAUGCCACCUGGUCCCCAUGAUAUGCCACCCAUGGGUCCACCUGGGAUGAACCAAGGCCCCCCACCCUUGGGGCCAGGGCCUCCCAUGAUGGGAAAUUUUGGUCCAGGUGAAGGACCACCGCACCCGGGAAUGAUACCACCUGGGCCUCCUCCGCCUGGGGGAAACUUCUAUGAUAAUUUCUACCACCAGCAACAGGGAAUGGAGAUGGAAGGAGGGGGAACAGAAGAAGAAUAUCAGGAAUAUGAAAACAUGGCAGAGGGUGAGGGAGGAAGCUUUGGAGAGCAGCCAAGCCGAGGUCAAAACACAAUGAUGGGCACAGAAAGCUCAUCCAAUGGCAGCUCCAACAGUCAGGCGACAGGAAUGGCUGUGCCAGACUACCUGCCGCCAGCCCAGCGUGCACUCUUCAUGAGAAUACAACAGAAGCAGCAAGAGGAAGAGGAGAGGGCAAGGCGCCUGGCUGAGGGAGGGUCAGAAAGGGACACAGAAGGUGAUUCUGCCAACUGGUAUUCCAGUGAGGAUGAGGAUGGAGGUGGUAGUGUCACAUCCAUCCUAAAGACUCUUCGGCAGCAGACUCAGAGUGCACCUAAACCUGAGGGCGGACCUAGUGAUCCCCGUCUGCAAAAAGCUGCAGCACUACAGCAUAGUAGCCGCCCUGCGGAUCCCCGCCUAGCCCGUGACCCACGCCUGUCUCGGACUGCAGAGCCAGGACCAUCAGCUGAGCCCAAUUCUACUGCUUCACCGUCCUCUUCCUCGUCCGGGACCCCUGCUGAUCCUCGCCUGGCACGCCAUGCAGCCUCACUUCAACACAAACCAGAGCCCCCCCAUGCCCACAAGCCACCUGCUUCAACUUUAACCUCUGGAGAGGAGGAGGAAAGUGACAGGGUGUUGCGAGACAAGCCGGUCCCCAUUCCCUUGGACCCUCUGAUGGGCAUGUCCCUCAAAGACCCCCGUUCCCAGCUGCAGCAGUUCAGUCACAUCAAGAAGGACAUCAUCCUGCACAAGCCCCACUUUGCCAAGGGUGUGCUGUGGAACCCUGAGGAUUUGAUUCCUGUGCCUAUUCCCAAACAGGACUUCCUUCCUCUUCCUCCAGGCAUCCCACCUGUUACGGCACUCGACCCUCGUCUAACUCGAGCCCAGCAACAGGUCCACCCUGCCCCUCCUUUAACUGCUCCGCCUCCUGCCUCUGACCCAAGCUCCACAUCCUCCUCUUCUCUUCCUGACUUUGAGCUGCUCUCCCGCAUCCUCAAAACAGUGAGCUCAACCUCAGGCCCUUCACCUGCUGCUGUUCCAGCUCCAGCAUCAGGGGCUGCAUCAUCGGGGUCUGCCCCAGCAGAGAAGCCAGUGGAUCCCAGGAUGGCUCGCAAGGCCCCUGCUGAUCCCCGGCUUCAGCCCCAGAAGUCAGCCCUCAAGCAGUCCUCAGAAUCCCCACCCCUUCCAACCUCCAGCACCUCACCUGCAUCCUCCCCUCCCACCCCCACCAUUGCACCCUAUGACCCACGGUUGCUCUCUGCAGGUGGAGUAAGCCGAGGAGUUGGGGGUAUUGGUGGUGGCCAGAGCAGCGUUCUGAGUGGCAUCAGCCUGUAUGACCCACGGACCCAAAGUGCAGCUAAGCCCGAUGGUCCUGGAAGCAGCCCGAACACUACUGCUGCCACCAGCACCUCAGAGUCUAAGCCUACAGAGCCAGGCAAGGCCAAGGCCAAGGAGCCACUAUUUGUGCGCAAGUCAGCCCUGGACCAGCCUGAAUCUGAGAAAAGUGGUGGAGAAUCUGCGACGGACCGCUACAACAGCUACAACAGGCCACGCCCCAAGCCCUCUCCCUCACCUUCCGGUGGAAUGGGCACAGGUGGACCCACUGCCACUGCUUCCUCCACCUCUUCGGCUGGACCGGGACCCACGAGCACCUCAGAGCAACCACCGCCAGGCGUCCAUAACCUUCCUGUCUCUACCCUUUUCAGUAUGGUCAAGCAGGCCAGCAAGCCAAGUGGCACUGGCAGCCCCUUUGGGGGCAAUAGCCCUGCUGAGACCGAUAACACUGACCAGGAUGCUGCCUCUCUAAAGGACGUUUUUAAGGGUUUCGACCCCACUGCCUCCCCUUUCUGCCAGUGACCUGUACCCUCAUCCUCUUUGUAUUUUGUUCUUUUUGAAAAUCCAGUGCAGCAUAGAGGAGGUAUAGAAGAGCAGAAUCAGUCUGAAACAGGCGUUUGCAAGCAUGCGUCUGCUUUUCUGUGUCCUUUGCAUAGUACAGUGUUGGAAACUUGUAUAAAAUUUUUGGGGGUGGGGUUUAGGUAAAACGUGAGUAAAGGAUAAAGUCUUCUAUUUUAAAGCAAACUUUAGAAAUAUAUAAAUAAAUGUAUUCAUGAGUCCUUCCUUACUUUACAAGAAAAUAAAAAGACAGCAGAAAACUGCAUAAAAAUCAGUGUACACAAGCUUUACUUUAUGAGAGACACUCCUGUUGUUACCAUCAGUUGCAUAAUACUGUUCUGAGGAUUAAUGAUCUUUUCUUUAACUUCUCCCCUGUUUUGGAAUAAAUGUCCCCGGUAGGCCCUACCAGGUCUUCUGAAGUAUUGCGUCUUCUCUGUACAGUCGGGUGUGCAAUAUUGUUGCACAAGAGUCCUGUCAUUCCAGAAUUAAAUGAGGUUGGUAGAAUGAUGGAAAUCAUCCACUGCCACAGAGAAAACUGUGGGUUUUUUCUCCUUGGAAGGUUUUUUUUCAUUCUUUAAUUAUCAUCCAUAAAUAAUCAGAUUGUGUUUUAACUAUUUUAUCUAUGUUGCGAUAUCUAGCUUUAGCCUUGUGUGUUUUUUUUUUUUCUUUUUUUUUGAUUUUUCGUUUUUUCUGUAUUUUGGAUGGGAGAAAGGUUUGAAUUAUGCUUUUUUCUCCUUGCUUAGGGUUGCAGUCACAAGUAUGCUUUCCAACACUUCUUGGAUGGAAAAAGUGUACAAUGAAAUCCGUUCCUGAUUAUCCGUAUAUGUCUUGUGUAAUAUGGUAUCUAUUUAUUUUUUUAUACUUAAGGAAAUCUGUUCCUUUGUUUGGCAUUUGAAAUUGAUCUUUUUUUAGUUUCUAAUUUUAGUUUCUUCACCUGCAGUCUCAAAAUAGGACAUUUAAAUGUGCAACCUGUACAAUGAAAGGAGAAAAUAAGUCUAAUGGAAGUUUUUUAAAUGAAUAAAAGCAAAAAAAAAAUUGCACUGUCCACCUAGGUCCGGACAGCCUCGUGUAACCAGACUGCACCAGCACAUUGUUUUUUCCUUUGCAGCAGAGUGUCAACUUUGUAAAUUUUCAACGGUCCCAAUUUGAGAAAAUGCAACAUUUUGUAACAUAUAUACUGUAGUUGAGAUUGUGGAAGUAUUUAA